AUGGAAUAUGAAGAAAGAUAUAUGACACUGAAGAUACCGUCAAAAAUGAGAAGUUCUGGACAAACGUCCCAACUGAAAUGUCAAGAUUCUUCUGCAAUAUUGCUCUGGUAUAAAAUAUUACUGGGAAUAUCUGGAACAGUAAAUGGCAUUCUGGUUUUGAUUUUGAUCUCCCUGGUCAUAUUAGAAUUUUGCCCAUCAGAAUGGUUCAAAUUUAAAAAUAAAUGUUAUUGGUUUUCUGAUGCUAUGAAAAGUGACAGUUAUAGGUAUUGCCUGGGAAGAAAAUCUCAUCUACUAGUGAUACAGGACCAACUUUAAAAAACUAAAAGUGGUUUAGAAUUUAUACAGAAAUAUCUAAAACAAUCAAAUUAUGUGUGGAUUGGACUUAACUUCACCUUCCUGAAGAAAAAAUGGACCUGGGUAGAUGUUUCUCUACUAGAUGUAGUAGAUGUUUCUCUACUAGAUUCCAAGAUAUUUUUCAUAAAAGGCCCACCUACGAAAAACAGUUGUGCAGCUACUAAGGAAAAUAAAAUUUACUCGGAAAACUGCAGUCAUAUUUUCAAAUGGAUUUGUGAAUUUUAUAAUUUUAUGAUAGUGCAAUAA